UUAUCGCCUGAGGGCCAUCCGCAGGCAAACAGCUGUUUGACUUUGGAAAUAAAAUUGCAAACUUUUUUUUUGAAACGAGGAGCCUGCAAUGUCGGCGUUUUUGAAAUCCGUGUGCUUGGCCCAAAAGCUAUGCGCCGCCAAUCCCGCCAUGAUUCGCCAGGCGGUACGCGGCAUGGCUGGCUGGAACAAGGACUAUAAGCCGGCACCCUUUCCACAGACGGAGAAGGAGCGCUUGGCCGCUGCCAAGAAGUAUUACCUUCUGCCGGAGGAGUACAAACCAUAUGCGGACGAUGGCCUGGGCUAUGGAGACUAUCCCAAAGUAGGCGGUGGACUGGGCGUGGAGGCCAAGGAUAGCUACUAUCCCUGGGAUUAUCCGGAGCACAAGCGUAAUCAGCACGAGCCCAUCUCGGCGGAUCACGAUCUGUACAGCGAAGAUCGCUGGUCGCAGGCGGAACAGCCGCGCUACAAGAAUUCGUACUACUUUAUCGUCUUCUUGAGCGUGAUGUCCGGUUGCCUGGCCCUCUACUACUGGCUGGAGGACAAGAAGAUGUACCGCCCCGUGGCCGCCAAGCAAUAUCCUGGCGAUGGCGUCAAGCACUACACCUUCGAUAAGUAGAAGGCAACCUCCUCUGGAUCCCUCUGCGGGCCUCGUUUUUAUUUCAUAGGCAAUUUAUCAACGCAUCUGUACAAUUAAAAUGAAAAGAAACCAAGCUGA